UUGUCACUUGCAGAUUAUAACAAGAGUUGUGAAAACCUGGAGGUGUGGCUGACUAGGUCAACCGUGGUGAGCAGCAGGGAAACGCACACACGGAAAAUAGGUACCAAGAGCGACAGUCAUUGCUUUUUGGUCGUCUUUUAUUUAGUUGGACUCCUUUUAUUUUUCCCUGAUCGUUUUUUGCUUAAAUCAUGCAGUUGGAAUCAAUUUUGCCCAGUGCGCCUAUCAACUUGCCGAAGACCUUUUAUAAUGUCACAUCAACAGAAAGCAAUAAUAACAGUCCUGGAUCAACGCAGCUAGAAUUUCAGGAGGGGAAUCGGACAGAAACCGAAUCAGCGAACGGUCCCAAAAAGUACUUAAGCGGAGGGGGAAAUGCUAUGAUAAACGAGGGAGAAGGUGAGACGUUUUCCGGGAAUAAAUCCGCUCCUGAUGGAAGAAAAAGUUCACCGGUCAUUGUUGAGGACGACCUCUCAACUGGCCGUCGGUACAACAUAGACGAACUUAGUUCUGAUAGAUACUUUAUUUCAUCGUCCCAGCCGCCUUCAGAUGCGGCGAAUCCCUGUUCACUCUUCCCCUAUGCAGGGCAGACCGGGACAGUUUAUACCGGGGCAAAUGGAUCCAGAUACUCGGCCUCGCUUCACUAUGGAUCAGUCCUGCCGCCGACUGGGUUCUCGUCUGCCGUUUGUGCCGGACGCAGUCAGUUUGGCGCUGGGUAUCAGUUUGGACAGGGUCCGGGUUGUCUCUACCCCUCAUACCCUGGGACAGGUUCAAGUAUAGGCUCCAUGCCUAUCGCGGGGACAGGCGCUGGCUCUCGAGCACAGGUCUAUCUCUGCAACCGACCGCUGUGGCUGAAGUUUCACCGACAUCAAACGGAGAUGAUAAUCACCAAGCAGGGCAGGCGGAUGUUCCCAUUCCUUAGUUUCAACAUCGCCGGACUGAACCUUACAGCGCAUUACAAUGUCUUUGUCGAAGUUGUGUUGGCCGAUCCAAACCACUGGCGAUUCCAAGGAGGAAAAUGGGUCACCUGUGGAAAAGCGGAUAAUAACAUGCAAGGUAACAAGAUGUAUGUCCACCCUGAAUCGCCAAACACGGGAGCCCAUUGGAUGAGGCAGGAGAUCUCCUUCGGCAAGCUGAAAUUGACGAACAAUAAAGGCGCCAAUAACAACAACUCACAGAUGAUUGUUCUCCAAUCCCUGCACAAAUACCAGCCUCGGCUGCACAUUGUGGAAGUCACAGAGGACGGGGUGGAAGACAUGAGCAGCGAGGCCAAGACGCAAACCUUCACAUUUCCGGAGAACCAGUUCAUCGCCGUCACCGCUUACCAGAACACAGACAUCACGCAGCUGAAAAUCGAUCACAACCCUUUUGCCAAAGGCUUCAGAGACAAUUAUGAUUCAAUGUACCAGGCUCCAGAGAACGACAGGCUGACUCCGUCCCCCACGGACGGGCCGCGCUCGCACCAGAUCGUGCCGGGGGCCCGCUACGCCAUGCAGCCUUUCUUCCAGGACCAGUUUGUCAACAACCUGCCCCAGAACCGCUUCUACAACGGCGAGCGCGCCGUGCCGCAGACCAAUGGCAUCCUGUCCCCGCAGGCCGAGGAGGCCGCGCCCGCGUCCACGCAGCGCUGGUUCGUCACCCCGGUGCAGCAGGCCGGCUCCAACAAGCUGGACCUGACCUACGACAGCGACUACUCCGCCGGAGGCCUGCUGCCGUACGGCAUCAAGUCCCUCAACCUGCAGACCAGCCACGCCCUCGGCUACUACCCGGACUCCGCCUUCGCGUCCAUGGCGGCGGGGUGGGGGUCCAGGGGCACUUACCAGCGCAAGAUGACCACCGGCCUGCCCUGGUCCCCGAGGCCCAGCCCCCCAAGCUUCCCCGAAGACCACCUGUCCAACAAGGACAAGCUUCGGGAGGAGAGCGCCAGCGCCUCUCCCUGGGUCGAGACCCCCCACUCCCUAAAAUCCGUGGACUCUGUGGACUCUGGGAUCUACUCCAUGGUCUGCAAGCGCAGGCGUGUGUCUCCCACCAGCUCCAGCACAGAGAACUCUCCCUCGAUCAAAUGUGAGGAUCUGAACACUGACGAUUACAGCAAGGAGAGCCACAAAGGCAUGGGAUACUAUGCCUUCUACACAAGCCCUUAAAAUAUUCCACUAUUUUUAUGUCUUUGUUCCAUUUUGUUUUUGUAUUUCUGUUGGAGUGCUGCCCAUCAUCCCUUGCUAGCCUGCAGUAUGCCCCUACACUUUAACUGGUUCUUUUUUUUCCUGAAAGUGCCAAAGCUUUUAACUAUCUUAGAAAACCCUGCUUAUUUCCUCUCAUUGUGGCCAAUGUUUUUAUGCAUGCCCUCCAUGGAACUUAUUUUAUACAAAUGUGAUUUUUUUAUUUAUUGAAGUUUUUUGUGCACUAUAGAAUGUGAAGUAUCUUGUACAAAAUGUCUACCUGGCAGUGUUAUGAAAACUGGAAUUAAAAAAAAAACUCAGCAUA